CGAGAGGCGACCGCGCCCCUCCCCCGCCAACGGACACGGCGCCGCCUCUCUCCCGUCAGGUCUCUGGAUGGCAGACUCUGAAAAGAAAUGCUGUUUUAAGAGUGCUUGGAUUCAGUCUGUGGUGAUCCUGAACACUUUUAUCUGAAUUCCUGCCUAGACACCAAAGAUGCUAACAAGAAAGAUUAAGCUUUGGGACAUUAAUGCCCAUAUAACCUGUCGUCUGUGCAAUGGAUACCUGAUUGAUGCUACUACUGUAACAGAAUGCUUACAUACUUUCUGUAGAAGCUGCCUAGUGAAAUAUUUGGAGGAAAACAACACUUGUCCGACCUGUAGAAUUGUUAUACAUCAGAGCCACCCGUUACAGUAUAUUGGUCAUGACAGAACAAUGCAAGAUAUUGUUUACAAACUUGUGCCAGGCCUCCAAGAAGCGGAAAUGAAAAAGCAAAGGGAGUUUUAUCACAAGCUGGGCAUGGAAGUUCCAGGGGACAUCAAAGGGGAGAUGUGUUCUACAAAACAGCACCUGGAUUCCCAUCGAAAUGGUGAAACUAAACCAGAUGAAAAUUCAAACAAAGAAACUUCUGAGGAAAAACAGGAAGAAGAUAAUGACUACCACCGAAGUGAUGAACAAGUAAGCAUCUGCUUGGAAUGCAAUAGCAGCAAAUUGCGUGGAUUGAAACGAAAAUGGAUCCGCUGCUCAGCACAAGCAACUGUCUUGCAUCUGAAGAAGUUCAUUGCCAAAAAACUUAACCUUUCUUCUUUUAAUGAGCUGGACAUAUUAUGCAAUGAAGAGAUUCUUGGCAAGGACCACACGCUCAAGUUUGUAGUUGUUACUAGAUGGAGAUUUAAGAAAGCACCUCUACUGCUGCAUUACAGACCCAAAAUGGACUUGCUGUAAGAGAACUUUAUUGUCCUUCUGGACCGAGUUUUUUGCAGAGACUAUCAUCUGGCACCUUCUUAAUGCAUCACUAAUCACAUGACGCAAACCAGCCGAAUAAUUUUAGAAGACUGUAGUGUUUUCAUAGCGAACUGUCCUUCUGAAUGCUUCUUCUAGGGAUGUAUUACCUAGAUUUCUGGGCAGAAAAUAUUUAUACAUUUUUGUACGGAAGAAAGAAGUCACAAAUCAACAAGACACUACCAGCACUAAGUUUACAGAUACUGAAAACACUUCACAGUUCCAUGUAGCUCAGUCUGAUUUAUCUCUUACAGUUACACAGAAAUAAGUUAGAAUGUUGUGGAGUGAUUUAAAAAUGUUGCUUUUGACACCAAGUUGCAUUUAGUUACUUUUCACAUUUUGAAUCUUUAAAAACUAUAUUUUUGCAAAGUGUUAUUGUCUUAUAUACUAUGCCUGAUUGCAUUGGCUUUAUUCAAUUCUGUAGAGCAUUGAACAUACCUAAUGUUGUAGUGACUGGUGAUAAUUUAUUAUGCUGCAUUGAAAAUUUCUGAAAAUCUGGGAAACCAAUAAGUUUGUCAUUUCUGCCCAGUUACUGCUCUCUCUCACUUUGUGUUUUAGUAAAGUUUUGAUACUGCUCUAUGCAUGUUGAUUUGCUAAGAUUAAUAGAAAUAAUUUCAGUUGAUUUUAAUGUGCCCUGAUAUUUUGCUAUGGCAUAAAUUGCACCACAUAAUGACAAAUACUCAAAAGUGCUAGAUUUGUGAACUUUCAAAAAAAUAAACAUUUCUUAUGUAGUUGUGGCUUGCAGAAAUCAGUUUUUAAUUUAGAGAGAAUUUGCUCACUAACUAGUGAAACACUGGCUCCUGGCCAACUUUGGGUGAUAUGGCACAGUUUUCACUUCACUAGAGUAAAAAUCCCUCAGAUCAUUAUGAGCAGCUUUAUGUUUCUUUUACCUGUUUUCUUAUGAAACCAUAGCAUUUUCUUUAGCACAAUUCCUAGCUGUUUUGGGGUGGGGGGUUGAGGGGGUGGGGAGGGGAGGGGACGCAUGUCAGACAAGAUUAUUUUAGCACCUUCUGGCCUUAACUGAUAAUUUUGCUUGCAUCAGUCCUAAUGGAUGCAAGGUGAUAUACAUGCAUGCAUAUCUGUAUGCAUACAUCUAUACACACAUAUAACUAUAUAUGAUAUAGAAUGCACCCUCAAUAGCACUUAUCAGGGUUCACCGCACUGUUUGUAAGGCUUUUUGAAAUAGUUGGCUUUUUGAAAACAGUAGUUGAAAGUGAUUUCUGCAAGCUGUAUACGGUAUAGCAUAUAUAGCAUGAUUGUGAGAGUAUUUGUCUGGCACAGGUGUCAAGUCGCUGAAAACAGGCUACACCGUAUUAUUGGCAGCUAGAAAUAGUUAACCUAAUUUUUGGAAGAGUUUUCCACUCAGCUGAAAAUGCUGGUUGCUAUUGCUAUUAUUAAACCCUGUAAUUUUUUGAUAAAUGGUGAUUGGAUAAGAAAACAAGUUGGCCUGUAACUGCCCUGCUUUCCUCUAGCUGUGCUCCUUCCCCUCUUCUGCUAGAAAGUAUUACUUGUUACUCAGUAACAGGAAGCUGAUACUGGAAGGGGUUUAUCCAAGCAUUUUAAAUCCUCUUCCUCUUCUUGAGUUUUCAAAGCACCGCAUUCCUCAGCAUGUCCCCCAUAGUUUACUUCUUUGGAGUCUUCAGUCCUCCUUUCUCAACUCUGUUGCUGCAGAAGGGAUGCUCCAUUCUUUGAAAACAUGGCUCCUCAUUUUUAAUUACAGUCACAGAUGUGAAUGGGAAGGAAAUCAAAAAGUACACAAGCAGAGAAUGAAAGGGAGCCUACUGAACUGUGGAGAUGGAAAGGAGAGCUGCAGAGAGGCCAAAAAGUGCUGCUGUCCUUGCAGAUGAGGGUAUAGGAUAGUUGCGUUUGAAUGCCUUGGGCAGAACUCCACAUCCGGGCUGGGUGGCUGGGUUUGUUGGGGGGUGGGAGCGUGCAUGCAUGUGAGCAAUGGAAUCGAACUUGGCCCUGGUUUUGGCUUACUGCUUAUGGACUCAGAUACACACAUUUUAGCUUUUUCUCUCUCUUUACCAUUACUAGAACUAGCAGAGGACAACAAAUGAGAUCAUAGGUCAACCAUUUUUAUAAUCUUUUCAUGAAACAGUGCACACGGGUGGCAUGGAUGUGUACACAAACUGACAUACUGGGCCUUUCUGGAGAUUUUAUGUGUUAAGUGACCUAGUGUAAGUAAGGGACUGGAUCUAGCUAGUGAGGCACUGAGAGUAUGAACAGGGCUGUAAGCGUCCACCCUCUGUGCACCGUGAGUGUGCAGACACUGGCUGUACCUGAUGUAGACGUAACAUUAAAGCCACCAGACAACAUGCUGAUUAACCACCUUAAUCAGGAUAUAUAUAUCUAUACAUAAACACAAAUAUAUUUAUGUGACAUCUGUCUACCUCAGAAUGUGUGCACUGCAGAAGCUUUUUGUACGACUAGAUAUUGAUGCAGUGCUGUUAAAGUACACUGGGAUUUUAUUACUUUCCUGUGUACUUGUGCAACUGAGAAAUUAGUUACCAACACACAAAUUUAGAAGCCUUUCAAAUCUAUCUCUUGCUGUAACAAUCUAUAGUACAGAACAUAUAUUUAUAAGUUGAUAACCAUCUUUAGAAUAACUUGAAUUUAUUAAUGGUGCUAUCCAUAUAUUGAAAACUUUGUUUAUACCUAUAUAGACACAUAAAUUCAAGCCAGUAUUAAUAUCUACAGCUAGGUUUUUUUGCCCAUAAUUGUGUGUAACUGCUUUUGCAAUGUGUUUAAUCUGAUAAAAACUCACCAGUAAACAUUUAAAAAAACAAAACCAAAUACAAAACCACCCAGUAAUUUUUCUAAAUCACAUGUCACAACAUCUUUGCUACAGAAACUCUUUCCCUCAGGAGGGAUGCGAGUGUGUCUGGACCACGUGUUUAUUUCCUUUAGCCUUACUAAAAGACUACAAUGCAAUUGAAUUGAGGUCAGAGGGAGGUCUCCUUUGGGUCAGAGACUUGUUUCACUUCUGUGAAGCUUAAGAGACAGUUAAUUUAUAUCAAGAUUAUAUUGGGUAAAAUAACCCCAAUACAGUUCGAAGUUGGACUAAAAGUUGGACUCAGCAUAGAUAUCUCUUAGUACUAGUGAGAUCAUGUUAGUUUAUUUUGGCUUUCUUGCAGAUGCCAUUACUGUGAAGUAGUUUUCACAAUUGCUUACGCUGGUAAAUAAUUGCAGUAAAGAAGUAUCUUGUUGCAUUAUCCUCGGCAGCAGUGAGACUGAUGAAUCACCCAGACUCAAAGUCUCAUUAAAUAUAGUUUCAUUAAAAAUAGAGAAUUCAGAUAGAAUAUAUAAUAUUGAAUUUAAAUAAGAUUUUGGGUUUUAAAUUUUAACUUUAUAAAAUUAUUUAUUCUAUUUUAAGCUUUCUGUCUUAUUUUACCAUCCAAGUAUUUUUGGUUUCAGUGGUCCAGCUUUAUUUACGGGCAUAUAAAAUGAAAUUGUAAGAUGUUUUUACAAGCUUCUUCCUUUUACAUUGAGUUUGAGUAGCUUUUAUUAGCGUGUUUUUGUUUUGUAUGGAUAAAGAGCAUUACUUAUGCUUUUGUGCAAUAGGUUUGAAACAUGCAUUUAUUAGGCAUAUGUUUAAAUUGUAAAUGUAGCAUCCACUCACCAUUACAUUUAAAAGGAAUGUAGAUCGCUUUUAUCACUUGUUAAAUGGCGUUUUAUUUGGGACUAUUAUUGGGGGGCUUGUUUUUUGAUUUUGUUUUCCUUUUUUUAUUUUAAGAGUGGUGUGGGAUUUAAAUUUGUGUAAGUACAAGAACUAUCUGUCAGCAAUAUUUUAAAAUAAAUGAUCUUGCAAGAAACCUUAA